AUACCCUUCUGCGAUUGACGAUACAUAUUAUUUUCACCGCCAUAACGAUCAAUAUAGAACGUCAUAGCUCGUUGGAACUUUGUGAAACCAUUUGUCCACCAAUAAUCGCGCGAUGUUCUCUAAUCCGCAAGAAAUAGCGGGCCCGUCGGCUAUCAAGUUUACCAAAUGCAGGAAUCUCAAUGGCCGCUGGCCAUAUGUCUUCCUCCUCCCACAGCUGGGUCUUACUAGGAGUACUUCCCCACACGGCUCCUGGUCGGAGUCAAGUCCGAUAAGCCUAUUUAUGCACAUUGCACGCUCGGUCAUUGAACGGGGCUGACAACGAGUACUAGUAGCCUGUUGCCGAGUCUAGGUCGGUCGGGUACAUGAUCUUGGGAGUCCCGUUUUCUGAAGGAUAUCCCUUCUUCUUCUUCUUCUUCUUCUUCUUCUUCUUCUUCCUUUUCGCUACUCUUUAUCUCUCGUAUCUUUAUCAGGCCCUACCGCAUCUCAAUUCCACGAAACAAAUCUGAAGAUACAACCGUGCUUGGUCUUGCAAGAUGGCCCAAGUGUUCGAUGCGGCAGAAGUCGCGAAACAUAAUACCCCAGACAGUUGCUGGGUAAUCCUAUAUGGGAAAGUCUACGAUGUCACCGACUUCCUCUCCGAGCACCCCGGUGGCUCCAAAAUUAUUUUAAAGCUCGCUGGAAAGGAUGCAACCGAAGAAUACGACCCCAUCCACCCCCCGGGAAUAUUAGAAGAAAACCUGAAGCCAGAAGCGAUGCUUGGAAUUGUCAACCCAGAUACUCUUCCGAAGGUGCAGGCUGAGCCUGUACCCUCGUCAAGCGAGGAGACGGAGGGCCCACCCCCAAUGGAGUCUCUCCUCAACAUGGACGACAUCGAACAGGUGGCUACUAAAAACGUGAGCAAGAAGGCGUGGGCCUACUAUUAUUCCGCCUCUGAUGAUAAAAUCUCCAAACAAUUCAACACGGAAGUUUAUCGCUCAAUUCUCUUACGGCCACGGGUUUUCAUUGACUGCACACAGUGUGGCUUAGAUACUACGUUGCUGGGACAGAAGCUAGGAAUGCCAAUUUAUGUGUCCCCUGCCGCGAUGGCUCGGUUGGGCCAUCCGGCUGGUGAGGCAGGUAUCGCCGAAGCUUGUCGCAGCUUUGGAGCCAUGCAGGUUAUCUCAAACAACGCAUCUAUGACACCAGAGCAAAUUGUAAAAGAUGCAGCCCCGGACCAAGUAUUUGGAUGGCAGAUUUAUGUCCAAAUUGAUCGCAAGAAGAGUGAAGCGAUGCUGGCACGGAUAAACAAACUCAAGCAAAUCAAGUUCAUUGUUCUGACCCUGGAUGCCCCGGUGCCGGGCAAAAGAGAAGAUGACGAGCGAGGAAAUGCUGUCGGGGCAUCAGCACCAAUUCCAAGCGCGGCCAAGGCGGCAGAUAGUGCUGAAGAUGAAACCUCUCGGAUCAAUCAAUCUUCUGGCGGUGUUGGAAAGCAGCUCUUCGCUGGAACUGAUCCCUCACUGACCUGGAAAGAAACUUUGCCAUGGUUGGCUGAGCGCACUGACUUGCCAAUUAUCCUAAAGGGCCUGCAAACUCAUGAGGACGCCUAUAUUGCUUCUCUCCAUACACCUCAAGUCAAAGGCAUUAUUCUUUCGAAUCACGGCGGCCGUGCCCUCGACACUGCCCCCCCAGCAGUGCAUACGUUGAUGGAGAUCAGAAAAUAUUGCCCGGAAGUAUUCGAUAGAUUGGAAGUUUGGGUCGACGGCGGCAUCCGGCGUGGUACAGAUGUUGUAAAAGCGCUAUGCUUGGGGGCGAAGGCUGUGGGAAUCGGGCGACCUGCCCUGUGGGGCCUUGGGGCUGGCGGUGUCGAUGGUGUUAAACGAACCUUGCAGAUACUGGCGGACGAGAGCAAGACAUGCAUGCGGUUACUUGGUGUAGAAACUGUGGAUAAGCUGGGCCUCCAACAUAUCAAUACCCGGCUUCUUGAGCAACAGAUUUAUAAUGGACCAUCAGGCCUCGAAUCCAUACGGAGCGAUUUCCGAGCAAAAUUAUAGACGAUGUGACCACUGGCAUAUGAGUGGUGUUAUAAUGCACUGUCCACUCGCUUUUGAUGGAUAAGUCGCUUGUUUGUACAGGGCUACGGCAUAUAUCAUACAAUUUAAACCAUACAGAAUUAAUUCAAACUAAGGCCAUUUGAUUUUUCGAUAUGUGUGAUCUGAGCAAAAAGGAAAAUUCGGAGAACUAUACCCGGUGAGGUGUGCAUAUCAAGAGCGUAAUUGUAGACGACUGAUGGCACUCUUAGCCUGUGAUACCAGGCCGCCGCCUUCAAAUAUUCUAUCUUGUUCGAUCUCUAAGGCGUU